CGAAAGAGAGAGAGAGAGAGAGAGAGAGAGAGGGAGAGGAGCGCGCGUUACCCGCGGCCGUCUCUCGCGCGCACAUUGUAUCUCGUUUCUCACGAUUGCUCUCGGCCGACUCUCGAGCUAGCGAACUCUAGUCGGCAUCAGAGGCGUGUAACGAUCGGUCGUCCCAGCCCAGCACGCACCGCGAACGUUCCGUCACGCAGGCAUACUUUCGCGGUCUACGCAACGGCGAGUCUCCGUGACGCGCGUCAGCGGAGUGUUACACACGCUCGGGGAGUUCCCUCCUUGGUCGAGGAGUUACCGCGGAGAUAAUCGCGCUCCCCCGCGAGAUAAUUAUUUAUUUCGGAAUUCUAAUUUGAACAGUGACACGAGCAGCGGAACGCGAGUCCGGCGGCAAUCGGAGUAAUUGAGACUGAUACGGCAUACAGCUAAUGAAAUAGUGCCGCGUGAGACUCCGUUCCGGGAGGACAUUCCAGAUUUCCGCGAGCCGGAAAAGUUCAUUCCUGGAGGAAGACGAUACGACCGACGGGAUCAUCUUUUCUGUCAUCCGUAAAUCCGUAUCAGCGCGGGAUUCGGCCCGUCAGUUUAACAUCUCUCCUCUCAAGAUAAUAGAGACCGAGCGCGAAUGCGAAGGAGAAGCAGCACUGAAAACCAGUCGACCUCAGUCAUGUGAUUCCACGAAGACUCGCUCAAUUGAUAGAACACGGUUGUGAAUAAUCUCGUUUUAAGUCCUUGAAAAAUCCUUAUCGCGACGCACGGAGAAGUGGGUGAUGAGCUCGUGGUACAAACGGAAGACUGCCGCCGUUGAAAGAUGUUCCGCUCCAAGAUUCGCAUUCACACGUGUCAAGUGAUAUUGCUGACGUCGCUGGUAUGGUUCCUGGUCGACGUCAUGGUACUCAUGUUCUAUUCGGACUGCAUCGGAGGGUCCGGAUGGGGUUGUUCCGACAACAAGCAGCAGCAGGCGCUUCAGUCCGAGGAGUCGUCUCAGCUACAUCCGAAGGGUCAGAUCAGGGAACCGCAGGCGAUGAAGCAGGAUUAUAAUAAUAAGAGGCAAUAUCCACAGUCGGAGCUGCACUUGUGGCGACCGGCGAAGGUCAUCAAGGAGAGCAAGGGCAGCCCCGGCGAGAUGGGGGCGGCGGUGCACAUCGCGCCGGAGAACGAAGCCAAGCAGCAGGAGCUAUUUAAGCUGAAUCAGUUCAAUCUGAUGGCCAGCGAUAUGAUCUCCUUAAACAGAUCCCUAAAGGACAUUAGACUCGAUGGUUGUAAGAAUAAAAAAUACGCCAAGUAUCUUCCAGACACGAGUAUAGUAAUAGUUUUCCAUAAUGAGGCGUGGACCACUUUGCUACGGACGGUCUGGUCUGUGAUAAACAGGUCUCCCAGAUCGCUAUUGAAGGAAAUCAUCCUCGUGGACGACGCGAGCGAGCGUGAGCACCUGAAGCAAGAUUUGGAAGAUUACAUUGUCACGCUACCCGUUCCCACGUAUGUGUAUCGCACUGAAAAGAGAUCGGGCCUGAUAAGAGCGAGACUUUUAGGAGCAAAGCAUGUCAAAGGACAAGUAAUCACGUUUCUAGAUGCCCACUGCGAGUGCACCGAGGGUUGGUUGGAACCUUUACUGUCAAGGAUCGCGAACGACAGGCACACCGUUGUCUGUCCGAUCAUAGAUGUAAUUAGCGAUGAUACCUUCGAAUACAUCCCGGCCAGUGACAUGACCUGGGGAGGUUUCAAUUGGAAAUUAAACUUCAGAUGGUACAGAGUCGCGCAGAGAGAAAUGGACAGAAGAAAUAGCGAUAGAACGGCGCCGCUACGAACACCAACUAUGGCUGGUGGAUUGUUCUCUAUUGAUAAGGAAUACUUCUAUGAGUUGGGCGCGUACGACGAAGGCAUGGAUAUUUGGGGUGGUGAAAAUCUUGAAAUGAGCUUCCGGGUGUGGCAAUGUGGCGGAACAUUAGAAAUCAGUCCGUGCUCACAUGUGGGACAUGUAUUCCGGGACAAGAGUCCUUAUACAUUCCCUGGCGGUGUCAGCAAGAUAGUCCUGCACAAUGCGGCCAGGGUGGCCGAAGUCUGGAUGGAUGAGUGGAGAGAUUUUUACUAUGCCAUGAAUCCAGGGGCGCGAAACGUCGACGUCGGCGAUGUUUCUGAAAGGAUAAAACUCAGAGAACGACUGAAGUGCAAAAGCUUCAGAUGGUACUUGGAGAACAUAUACCCAGAAUCACCAAUGCCACUAGAUUAUUAUUAUCUCGGCGACGUGAAAAAUGUUGAAACGCAAACUUGUUUAGAUACUAUGGGCAGAAGAACCGGGGAAAACGUUGGAAUUAGUUAUUGUCAUGGAUUAGGUGGUAAUCAGGUGUUUGCUUAUACUAAGCGGCAACAGAUAAUGUCUGAUGAUAUGUGCCUUGAUGCAGCUAGUCCACAAGGUCCAGUAAAGAUCGUGCGAUGUCAUGGUAUGGGUGGUAAUCAAGCAUGGGUUUAUAACGACGAGACCAAAAUGAUUAGACAUACAAAUACAGGUCACUGUUUGUCUAAACCUCACUCGGGUGACGCGUCGCAACCUGUUUUGUCACAGUGUGAUGUAAACAAAAUCGGCCAGAAAUGGAUCAUGCGUAGCAAAUUCAAAUGGCAGGCCAGCUAAUACGAAUUAACUUUAAAUGCCAGAUAUAUACGCAAUAUUUGUUAAUAUGUUUAAUAAAUGGUAACCUAUGGACUGAUCGUAAAGGACUUCCCAAGUGCAAGAAGAUAGAAUGAAACAUUACAAUCAGUGGCGAAAAGACGAUUCGGUAUUCCAUCUAAUGUGUACGCCGAACGAAUCGUCAGUGCGCGAGAAGUCGACUCUCUUUGAAAUCGCGUCGGAGAUCGUAGUUAAAUAAUUAGAUUCAACUGAAUUUAUUUAUCAUUGAUAAAGCAGUAUCAAGAAUUUACUGCCAUUCCUUAUGGUACAGUCCUUACGAUACGCUUUGAUCAAUGUACACAACAGUGACAGGGAUGAAUUUCUCUGAACGCGUGUGAACACAAGUGAUACUAAAAUGACGAACAGAGUGAACUCUUUUUCUUCUUUUCUAGCCAGGAAGCAGUAAAGAAGAAAGCAUAUCAGACCACUGUUAUAAAUAAUUGUUAAUAAAAAGAAAAAGAGACAU